AUGAGUCGCUACGACAGCCGCUCAGCCGAUCCUGGAUCCUAUCGCGACCGCCGCGGAGAUUCGGGGUUUGGAUACAAAAGCGGAUAUGAGGGUAAUCACCGGUCUUCCUCGUCGGACAAGAAAGAGUACGAUAGUGGGCCUCAGUCUCUAUCAAGGAAUUCGGAUUUGGAUGGGCUGACGCCGUUUGAGAAGAAUUUUUAUGUUGAGUCGCCAUCUGUAGCUGCAAUGUCGGAAGGUGAGGUAGAGGAUUACAGACGGCAGCGGGAGAUAACUGUGGAAGGGAAGGAUGUGCCAAAGCCAGUAAAGAGUUUCAGUGAUGUUGGUUUUCCAGAUUACGUUAUGCAAGAAAUUGUAAAGGCUGGUUUUACUGAACCUACACCUAUUCAAGCUCAAGGUUGGCCUAUGGCUUUGAAGGGGCGAGAUCUUAUUGGUAUUGCAGAAACAGGGUCUGGAAAGACGCUUGCUUACCUCUUACCCGCUAUUGUUCACGUUAAUGCCCAACCCUUUUUAGCUCCGGGAGAUGGCCCAAUAGUUUUAGUAUUAGCACCGACCCGUGAACUUGCUGUUCAGAUACAACAAGAAGCAACUAAAUUUGGUGCAUCAUCAAAGAUUAAGAAUACAUGCAUAUAUGGUGGGGUUCCUAAGGGGCCUCAAGUUCGUGAUCUCCAGAAAGGUGUUGAAAUCGUUAUUGCUACACCUGGUAGGCUAAUCGAUAUGUUGGAAUCCCAUCAUACAAACUUGCGAAGGGUAACAUAUCUGGUCUUAGAUGAAGCAGAUCGGAUGCUAGACAUGGGUUUUGAGCCUCAAAUCCGGAAGAUUGUUGAUCAGAUUCGUCCAGAUCGUCAAACUUUGUAUUGGAGUGCCACAUGGCCGAAGGAAGUUGAACAACUUGCUCGACGGUCCCUGUUUAACCCCUACAAAGUCAUUAUUGGAUCGGAAGAUUUGAAAGCCAACCACUCUAUUUCUCAGCAUGUCCAAAUUGUUACUGAGAACCAAAAAUAUGACAGAUUAGUGAAACUGCUGGAGGAUAUUAUGGAUGGUAGCCGGAUUUUGAUAUUUAUGGACACAAAGAAGGGGUGUGAUCAGAUAACUAGGCAGCUUCGUAUGGAUGGUUGGCCUGCAUUAUCUAUUCAUGGUGACAAGAGUCAAGCAGAAAGAGAUUGGGUCCUAUCUGAAUUCAGGGCAGGCAAAAGUCCCAUUAUGACAGCUACAGAUGUUGCAGCUCGUGGUCUAGACGUGAAAGAUGUGAAGUAUGUCGUCAACUAUGACUUUCCGGGAUCUCUGGAGGAUUAUGUUCACCGUAUCGGUCGAACAGGAAGAGCUGGCGCCAAAGGCACUGCAUACACUUUCUUCACUGCCGCUAAUGCUAGAUUUGCAAAGGACCUCAUUAGUAUCCUACAAGAGGCUGGACAAAAGGUCAGCCCCGAGCUAUCUGCUAUGGGGCGUGGGGCACCUCCUCCACCAGCCUUUGGUGGUAGAGAUCGUGGACGAGGGGUGAAAGCGGGGUGGAUAAUUUCCGCAUCCGAUCCGAUCAGAAUCCGCGUUACGAGGAUAUGGAUUAAGGUUUUAGAUAUCCAUGAGGAUAUGGAUAAUCCGCAUCCGAUUGUUGCGGAUAUGGAGGAGGAUAUGGUCGCUGUCAGCGACAUCUAUUUGCAUCUUCGUUCCCCGACCGCCGCUACUCUCGUGCGUGCUACUGUUUUCUUCGACACAACAAGUCAGCACUAG